UAAACGCAACGCCCAACGCCGACGUUUGACGUUUAUUAAAACGUCCCGUUACCGUUCUACGAUACCCGCCCCCCGUUCCGCCCUAGCGAUAGACGUAGACACCCCUGCGCUCCGCUCCGCUUCGCUUCACUAACAUGCCCGUCCAACUACUUCCGGCAUCGGCCGCCGCUUUCGCUCCCCGGGCUUCAUCAGUCAACGUUGUCUUGGGUUCAAAAGUCGAGCCUUGGCUUACACAGACUCUCAAGCGCAUCAACCGAGUCAAGCGUCCUCUCAACUCUGUACCCCAGCAUCAGCGGUGUCUUACCGAGACUCUCUCAUCACCGAACGCCAUCUGGACCUUGACCUCUCUCAUGCUGCCCAAGACCCCCGAGUCAGACUUCAAGCGUGAUGCCAGCAACCCUCUGGUCGAGGCCAUCAUGAACUACGAGCUCGUACAUGUUGAGGCUUACAUUGUCCAUGUCGACAUGGUUCUGCGAAAUGAGGUCGCCUACAAGCUCACCAAGGACACCAUCGAUGCUCUCGUCGAGUACCACAAGGAAAUUCACUGUGUCGAUGCAAAGGCCAACACAUACGACUGGACAGACAAGGAGCAGCAAUGCAAGAAGCUUCACGACGAUUUUGUUCAAGACAUCAACAAGUUUGUCUUCCGCACCCACGUCUCUGCUCUUGAGGGUCUCGAGGAGGAGGGCGCUGGUGAACUCCUCUGCGGCAAGAGCGAGGAGGUCAAGAACUGCAUCAGUGCUCUUAUGAAGCCCCUGCUACCUCCUCCCCCUCCUCGUGUCGUCGAAGUUGUCCGACAACCUACACUGCUCCCUAGCUCUCCUGUCAACAACAUGUGGUCGCAACAUGGUCUCCACGGCAAUCUUGCUGCUGUUGACUCAUGGAGGGUGCUUCCCUCAAGCCCCAGCGUCACAUCAUCGGCCGACUCAAACACAAGUCCUAUCUGGGCACCCAUGACCAUGGAUGAUCUGUCACCUACUCCCGCCUUCACCCAGCCUCACUCUACGGCCGGCUUCUUCUGGAGCUCGCCUCAAGUGACAGCACCCAUCCCCGCCCUCCCUCUUCCUAGUAUGCUCGCCCCUGCUCAAUGUGGCGUCGGCAUGGGCAUGACAGGAAUGGGAGGCAUGGGCGGUUUGGGAGGCUUUGGCUGGGAUCGGUACCAAGAGUAUGCGACCAUCAUGUGACAACCAGGGCCCCAGGACAGCUAUCCAGUGGUGACGACCUCGAGCUAGUAAUACUGCACCAAUCCCUUCCUCGUUUCCCGGAGAAAAGUUGAAGCUCUCAAAUUUCGCAGCGACAUAGAACUAUCAUCCAUCAUGGGCACGGCAUCUCGGCGUUUUAUUGCAUCAGGAACGGUGUUUCGAACCAUUUUUUUUUAUA